AUGGCGAAGAUGGAAUCAAUCAAUGUUCUACUACUCUCAGCUCUGUUAAUUUUGUCAUUGGUACCCAGUUCUUACUCUGCCAAGAAACCAGUUUCUGUCGCUAGGAAGGAAGACAUUCCGUAUAUCAAAUGCCAGGUCUGUGAAAAGAUCGCUAAUCAGCUAUACCAGCAAGUCAAGGAGAAAGAAGCCCAGAUCUCUCCCAAGAAGGUAUCGGAGUUACAGAUCAUCGAAAUAUCUGAGAAUGUUUGCAAUUUAAAAAAACACGAAGCAGAUUGGAUUCUGAAAAUCGACAUAGUGGAGAACGGGAAUAAGUUGGAGCUUGUUGAGCAAGACUCUGAAGGGCAAUGCAAUUCAAAAUGUAAGACUAUAGAGCGGGCUUGUCAGGAGGUCAUGGGGUAUUCUGACACUGAUGCUGCUGAAUAUUUGUUUAAAGCCAAGCCUCAGAUUGAUUCACUUGUAAAUUAUCUGUGUCAUGAUCUUACUAAAGCAUGCUCUGUCAAGCCACCUCCACUUCCUAAGGAUAGGAUUCCAGGUGAACCUUUUGUUCCUAAGUCAUCUAAAGAGGCUGAAAUGGAAAAGAUAUUGAAAUCAAUGGAGGGUAUCCCUGGAGCACCUGGCAUGAAAAUGUACUCAAAGGAGGAUAUGUUGAAUAUGAAGAACUUUGGGGAUGAGGAAGACGAUGAAGAUGAUGAAGAUGAUGAGGAUGAUCUUCCUUCUAAGCUGGGAAAAGUUCUAAAAGAAAAAGAAACCAAAAAGGGAGACUGGAAACAGAAGAUGACCAAAGUAAUUGCAAACACAGGAGCAGCAAUAAAGAGACAAGCAAACAAGGUCUCGUUCAGGGCAAGGCAAUGGUGGUCAGGAAAGAAAAUACAAGCUCCAAAGAAGUCUCAAAAUGCUAAGUCUGAACUGUAGAACCCUGCAUCUCAACU